UGACCCGCGGGCUGAUGGUGAUAAACAAGAAAAAAGAAAUGGAGCUGUACACGGACGAGUACGAAGAUCAGCAUUUCCACGGAGUGAAUAAUUUGGUUUAUGAUAAAAAAAGGAAUAUCCUAUACAUUAUCGAUUCGGGAAACAUCAAUGAAGAAAAUAAGUGUAACUUGUUCUAUGUAAAUAAAGACAUAGAAACGAUGAUGUCUAUAGACAUCCCCAACAUGCCGUACGCACAUAACCUAUGUCUAUAUGAGAAGGGCACGACGAAUGAUAUAUACGUCUGUUUGACGAAAGAAAAUAAAAUUGUGAGAUUAAUGAGAAGAGGAAAUACUUACAUUAAGUGUCACUUUCUACAAAUAGAUGGUUGCUAUUCCCCUUUGUUCAUUUGCACGGAUAACACGAACUUUGUUGUGCUGCUCAAAGAUUUAAGUGGAUGCCAAAAAAGGGGGAAACUUAUCGAAAUAGAUUCCAACGGAGAGGUGAUAAACUCCAUUUUCACGGAUGGCUGUCAGUUUAAUGGCAUAUGUUACGAUGAUAAGGUGGAGAAGUAUUUUUUCAUCGAGCGGAAUGUUAUUUAUACUUAUU